AUGGAACAUAUUAAAAAGAAAAUGUUGGCAAUGAAAUUGGAUAAAGAGAAUGCUGUAGAUGAAGCUGAUCAAUUGGAAGCAAAAUUACGUGAAAAAGAAUUAGAAAUGCAAACUAAAGAUGAAGAAGCUGCAGAAGUACUUAAAAAAAUUCAACAAGUUGACACGGACAAAGAAACGGCACAAACUCAAUUAGCUGAAACUAAUACUAAAUUAGAAGAAACAGAUAAACGAGCAACUGAGGCCGAAGCUGAAGUCGCCUCACUUCAGAAGCGAAUUCGACAGCUUGAAGAUGAAUUGGAAUCUACCGAGACUCGCCUUCAAGAAGCCACUAUUAAGCUUGAAGAAGCAAGUAAAGCUGCCGAUGAAAGUGAUCGUGGUCGUAAAGUAUUGGAGAAUCGUACUUUCGCAGAUGAAGAACGUAUCAAUCAGUUAGAAGAGCAAUUAAAAGAAUCUACAUUUAUGGCUGAAGAUGCUGAUCGAAAAUACGAUGAGGCCACUCGAAAACUUGCCGUUGCCGAAGUCGCACUAUCUCACGCUGAAGAUCGGAUUGAAGCUGCAGAAAGUCGUUUAAAGGAGCUUCAGUCAAUCAUUCAUGGUACAAUGGGUCAGUUAAAAUCUUUAGAGCAUCAAGAAUCUCAGUUAAAUAAACAACGUAGUCUUCAUCAAUCUCAACUUGCCUCUUUAUCAAAACAAUUGAUUGAGGCUGAACGACGUGUUAAAGAAGCAAGUCAUCAAGAAGAGAUGAAACAAAUAGAAUUGUGCAAAUUAGAAGAAACAUUGGAAGCUGAACAAUUGAAUCAUACAAAUCUUCGUCGUGAAAUGGAAACCAUGUUUACUGAAGUAGAAAAUAUCUAA